AUGGCCUUGCCACUGCAGUACCACAGGACAACGGCCUUGUUGGCUGUGGCCUUCCUUUUUCUGCCAUGCAUCACUUCCUCCCUUAACCUGGAAGAUCCAAAUGUCUGCAGCCACUGGGAGAGAUAUUCAGUGACAGUGCAAGAGUCCUACGCCCAUCCUUUUGAUCAGAUUUAUUACACCAGCUGCACAGACAUCCUUAACUGGUUCAAGUGCACAAGACACAGGGUAAGCUACCGGACUGCGUACCGCAGUGGAGAGAAGACUAUGUACCGUAGGAAAUCCCAGUGCUGCCCAGGCUUCUUUGAAAACGGCGAAAUAUGCGUCCCUCAUUGCACAGAGACCUGUGUUCACGGCCGUUGUAUGGCCCCCAACACCUGCCAGUGUGAGCCUGGAUGGGGGGGUUCCAAUUGCUCUAGUGCCUGUGAUAAUGGCCACUGGGGUCCCCACUGCAGUAACAGAUGUCAAUGCCAAAACAAAGCUCUGUGUAACCCCAUCACUGGAGCCUGCAUCUGCACUCCGGGAUUCAGAGGUUGGCGAUGUGAGGAUGUGUGUGAGGUGGGCACCUACGGCAAUGGAUGCCAGCAGAAAUGUCAGUGCCAAAAUGGGGCUUCUUGUCACCACAUGACUGGAGAAUGCAAGUGCUCACCGGGAUACACUGGAGCUUUUUGUGAGGAUGCGUGCCCUCCAGGUAAACAUGGACCGCAGUGUGAAGAGAGGUGUCCCUGCCAGAAUGGCGGCAUAUGUCACCAUGUGUCUGGAGAGUGCUCUUGUCCAGCAGGAUGGAUGGGUACAGUAUGUGGACAGCCGUGCCCAGAGGGAAGAUUUGGCCCAAACUGUUCCCAAGAAUGCCAAUGUCACAACAAUGCCUUAUGUAGUUCAUCCACUGGACAGUGUCUCUGCAGCCCUGGAUACACGGGCGAACGGUGUCAGGAUGAAUGUCCAUUUGGUACUUAUGGCGCUGGCUGUACAAAGAAAUGUCGCUGUCAGAACAACAGCAAAUGCUACCACAGCUACGGAAACUGCUUGUGUGAGCCAGGCUUCACGGGCGAGACCUGUGAUAUCCGACUCUGUCCCAAAGGAAACUACGGCCUACUCUGUGACAGGAAGUGUCCAUGCUAUGCCCGGAAUACACAAAGCUGUCAUCCAAUGUCAGGCGAGUGUACAUGUCUGCCUGGUUGGUCUGGCCUCUACUGCAAUGAGACUUGUAGCCCAGGGUUCUAUGGCGAAUCCUGCCAACAGGUGUGCCAAUGCCAGAAUGGCGCGGACUGCCACAGUGUAACAGGAAAAUGUGUCUGUGCUCCAGGCUUCACGGAUUUAGACUGUUCAGUCCAAUGUCCAGCAGGAUCUCAUGGUGUGAAUUGCUCCUCCACCUGUAACUGCAAGAACAAAGCUGAGUGUUCACCCGUGGAUGGGUCCUGCUUCUGUAAACCAGGGUGGCAUGGAGUGGACUGUUCCAUCAACUGCCCCAGUGGUACGUGGGGUCUUGGCUGUAACAUGACCUGUCUGUGUGGGAAUGGAGGUGCUUGUGAUGCCGUGACUGGUCACUGUACUUGUGCUGCCGGCUGGAGAGGAAACAAAUGUGAACUGCAAUGCCAGGAUGGCACUUAUGGUCAUGACUGUAAAGAACGCUGUGACUGUAGUCAUGCUGAUGGAUGUGAUCACGCUACAGGGCACUGCCGCUGCCUGCCUGGAUGGACAGGUAUCCACUGUGACAGUGUAUGUGCAGAAGGACGCUGGGGCCCAAACUGCUCCCUAGCUUGUAACUGCAAGAACGGAGCAUCCUGCUCUCCUGAUGAAGGAACAUGUGAGUGUGCACCAGGAUACAGAGGCAGCACCUGUCAGAGGAUAUGCUCUCCAGGUUACUUUGGUCACCGUUGUAGUCAGACAUGUCCCCAGUGUGUCCACAGUAAUGGUCCAUGCCACCAUGUUAGUGGACAUUGUGACUGCCUACCGGGCUUUAAAGGGGGCCUUUGCAAUGAGGUGUGUCCCAGUGGUUACUACGGGAAGAGAUGUGCCUCAAGAUGUACGUGCACCAACAACGGCACUUGUAACCCUAUCGAUGGCUCCUGUCAGUGUUUUCCAGGAUGGAUCGGAAGUGAUUGCUCUCAACCAUGUCCUCCGGCUCAAUGGGGACCCAACUGCAUCCAUACAUGUAAUUGUCACAAUGGAGCUUACUGCAGUGCCUAUGAUGGGGAAUGCAAGUGCAGCCUAGGAUGGACUGGCCUUUACUGCACACAACGUUGUCCUUUAGGAUUUUAUGGGAAAGAUUGCGCCCAGAAAUGCCAGUGCCGGAACGGAGCAGACUGUGAUCACAUCUCUGGACAAUGCACUUGCCGGACUGGCUUCAUGGGGCAGCACUGUGAACAAAAGUGCCCACCCGGCUCAUACGGCUACGGCUGCCGGCAGGUUUGUGACUGUCUAAAUAACUCCACCUGUGAUCACAUCACUGGCACGUGCUACUGCAACAAUGGCUGGAAGGGAGCCCGCUGUGACCAAGCGGGUGUUAUCGUCGACAGCCUCAACACUUUCUCCAGCACUGCGGUGCAUGUGGACACCUACCAAAUCGGAGCAAUUGCAGGAAUUAUUGUGCUGGUCCUGCUUGUGCUCUUCCUCCUCCUUCUUUUCAUCAUCUACAGGAAGAAACAGAAAGGAAAAGAACCUCCAAUGCCAGCAGUGACUUACACUCCUGCCAUGAGGGUGACCACUGACUACACCAUCACAGAUGCUCAUCUACCACGUGAUGUUCACCCCAGUAACUACUUCUCCAACCCCAGCUACCACACUCUAACUCAGUGCACCACCCCACAACAUAAUUCUCCAUAUGGAAAAGCUAAGAACAACUUGUUUGUGAACUUGAAGAAUGUGGACGAAAGGAAAAGAUAUCCUCUUUCUGAUGCUACUGGCACAUUACCUGCAGGAUGGAAACAUCGGGACUGCUUUAAUGAACUUGCCUACGGAGUAGACAGAAGAUGCAUGGGGAAAUCUUUGCGAGAUCUGGUAAAAGGCAUUCCGUAUCAUGGAAGUUCCAGCUCACUGAACAGUUCUGAAAAUCCAUAUGCCACCAUCAAGGACCCCCCAUUACUGACAACGAAAAACACUGAAUGCGGCUACGUAGAAAUGAAGUCACCUGCCAGAAGGGAUUCACCUUAUGCUGAAAUUGCGAACGGCAGCAAUCUAACCAAUAACAGGAAUGUCUAUGAAAUUGAGCCCACUGUAAGCACUGUUCAUGGCACUGGACAAGGUAAUGACUGUAUGCAGCCAGGCCAGGACCCAUAUGAUCUACCAAAAAACAGCCAUAUCCCCUGUCACUAUGAUGUGCUCCCAGCCCGAGAAAGUCCAACGUCAGAACACCAGGAGCUGGACAGUGACUGA